CUUCGAUGGAAGUGUGCUGCCAGCUGCCGGUGCUGCCCCUGGACAGGCCGGUCCCCCAGCACGUCCUGAGUCGCCGCGGGGCCAUCAGCUUCAGCUCCAGCUCGGCGCUCUUCGGCUGCCCCAACCCCCGGCAGCUCUCGCAGAGGCGUGGAGCUAUUUCCUAUGACAGUUCUGAUCAAACUGCAUUGUACAUUCGUAUGCUAGGAGAUGUACGUGUAAGGAGUCGAGCAGGAUUUGAAUCAGAGAGAAGAGGAUCUCAUCCAUAUAUUGAUUUUCGUAUUUUUCAUGCUCAAUCUGAAAUUGAAGUUUCUGUGUCUGCACGGAAUAUAAGAAGGUUGCUAAGUUUCCAGCGCUAUCUUAGAACUUCACGGUUUUUCCGUGGAACUGCCGUUUCAAGUUCUCUAAACAUUUUAGAUGACGAAUAUAAUGGACAAGCCAAGUGUAUGCUGGAAAAAGUCGGAAACUGGAAUUUUGAUAUCUUUCUAUUUGAUAGACUAACAAAUGGAAAUAGUCUAGUAAGUUUAACCUUUCACUUAUUUAGUCUUCAUGGAUUAAUCGAAUACUUCCGUUUAGAUAUGAUGAAACUUCGUAGAUUUUUAGUUAUGAUUCAAGAAGAUUAUCAUAGUCAGAACCCUUACCACAAUGCAGUCCAUGCUGCAGACGUUACUCAGGCCAUGCAUUGUUACUUAAAAGAACCCAAGCUUGCCAAUUCUGUGACUCCUUGGGAUGUCUUGCUGAGCUUAAUUGCAGCUGCCACCCAUGAUCUGGAUCAUCCAGGUGUCAAUCAACCUUUCCUCAUUAAAACUAACCAUUACCUGGCAACUUUAUACAAGAAUACCUCAGUACUAGAAAAUCACCACUGGAGAUCAGCAGUGGGAUUAUUGAGAGAAUCUGGUUUAUUCUCACACUUGCCAAUAGAAAGCAGGAAACAAAUGGAGACUCAGAUCGGUGCUUUGAUAUUAGCCACAGAUAUCAGUCGCCAAAAUGAGUAUCUAGCAUUGUUUCGAACCCAUUUAGAUAGAGGUGAUUUACACCUGGACGAUGCCAGACACCGGCAUUUGGUUUUACAGAUGGCUUUGAAAUGUGCAGAUAUUUGUAACCCAUGUCGGACCUGGGAAUUAAGCAAGCAGUGGAGUGAAAAAGUAACAGAGGAAUUCUUCCAUCAAGGAGAUAUUGAAAAAAAAUAUCAUUUGGGUGUGAGUCCACUUUGUGAUCGUCACAAUGAAUCUAUUGCCAACAUCCAGAUAGGUUUUAUGACUUACCUAGUGGAGCCUUUGUUCACAGAGUGGGCUCGAUUUUCCAACACCAGGCUGUCCCAAACAAUGCUCGGGCAUGUGGGGCUGAACAAAGCCAGUUGGAAGGGACUCCAGAGAGAACAGCGAGGCCGGGAGGACACUGAUGCUGCUUUUGCAUUGAAUUCACAGUUAUUACCUCAGGAAAAUAGAUCAUCAUAACCCUGAGUUAGUCGGUUUCUAGAAAUGUGAAAUGGGGUCUUAAAGUGACAGAACUUCAGUCUGGGCUGCCGAGGUUUUCAGGUGAAUGAAGCCAACAUUGCUUCUUUCCAAGAUACACUG